GUUGAAGCAGAAGAACAGCCAGAAAUUUCAGACACUUUUGCAGUUUCUGCAGUGCCAUACUUUGUGUUCUGCAAGGAUGGUAAAACUGUUGAUACACUGGAGGGUGCAAAUCCAUCCAGUCUGGCUAACAAAGUCGCAAAAGUUGCUGGACCUACUAAUCUUGCAGAAUCUGCUGCACCGGCCAGUCUUGGCGUGGCUGCUGGACCUACUGUUCUGGAAACAGUCAAAGAGCUGGCAAAAGAUAAUGGUUCUUCACACAGGGAAAGCCCAAGCUCUGACCUUAAUGAUAAAUUGAAGCUACAUCUACAACAGCUUGUGAAUUCUCAUCCUAUUUUCCUGUUCAUGAAAGGAAGUCCCGAGGAACCAAAGUGUGGGUUUAGCCGGAAGGUUGUUGAAAUUUUAAAAGAGGAGGGAGUUCAAUUUGGAACCUUUGAUAUACUUACAGAUAAUGAAGUGCGUGAGGGGAUGAAGAAGUUUUCGAACUGGCCAACCUACCCUCAGCUUUUUUGCAAGGGUGAGCUUCUUGGUGGCUGUGAUAUUGCAAUCGCCAUGCAUGAAAGUGGUGAACUAAAGGAGGUCUUCAGAGAUCAUGGAAUUCCUGUUGUUUCCAGUGAAACUAAAGUUGGAGAAUCGGCAAAACCCGAGCUUCCUGUAUCUGGGAAAGUUGGAGGUGUUUCUGACUCCACAGGCCUCAGUGCUGCAUUGACGUCUCGUCUUGAAAGCCUUAUUAAUUUGUGCCCUGUUAUGGUGUUUAUGAAAGGGAAACCUGAGGAGCCGAAGUGUGGAUUUAGUCGAAAGGUGGUUGAAAUUCUCCAUCAGGAGAAGGUUGCUUUUGACAGCUUUGACAUUCUUUCUGAUGAUGAAGUCAGGCAGGGACUCAAAGUUUACUCCAACUGGUCUAGCUAUCCACAACUAUAUAUAAAAGGUGAGCUGAUUGGAGGAUCAGAUAUUGUGUUGGAGAUGCAGAAGAGUGGGGAACUGAAGAAAGUACUGGCUGAGAAGGGGAUUGUUCCAAAAGAAAAUCUUGAGGAUCGGCUGAAAAAUCUGAUCUCCUCAUCAGCAGUAAUGCUUUUCAUGAAGGGCACACCAGAUGCUCCCCGCUGUGGUUUCAGCUCAAAGGUUGUGGAUGCUCUUCAAAAGGAAGGUAUUAGCUUUGGGUCCUUUGACAUCCUGAGUGAUGAAGAAGUGAGGCAGGGAUUGAAGACAUUUUCUAACUGGCCAACCUUCCCUCAACUCUAUUACAAAGGUGAGCUUAUUGGGGGUUGUGACAUUGUAUUGGAGAUGCAUAAUAAUGGGGAGCUCAAAUCUGCUCUUUCUGAGGAGGGAUUUUGAUCAUCAAAAGAUGAAAGUAUCAUUGAGAUUUGUCUUUUAGCUUUCAGAUCGCUUGAUGUCUUAAAAUAGUUACUUGAUGAGUUGAUGUAUGUACUGUUCAACAACGUGCAUCCCUAAACCUAAAAUCUAAAAUUCUAUGAACAGUAUGGCAUGGACUUAUGCUUCUAAGAUAUUCCAUUUCAUCUGUUUUGUCUUUGGUUUU